CUUUUACUGCGUCCCAUUACAGCGUGAGAGGCCCUUUGCUCGAAUUGCUCUCGCGGAAAAUGGCGCCCCGUAGCUCCACUUCCGCUCCACUCCUCCUCUCCUUCUUGUUCCACCUCCUCCUCCUCCUCCUCCACUCCGCCAACCCUAACCCUAGCCCCAAUACUCGCCGCGUUUACUCUAGAAGGCCUAUCCGGUUCGCCGAGGAGCUCAUUGGCGAUCUCAACCUCCUCCCAGGAAUCGAAGAGGUCGAAGGGGGCGACGCGAUCGAGGGAUUUUCGAGCCCUCGCCUCGUAGAGCGGCGUCUUCGACUCCCGAUUCUCGGAGAUAUCGGAUCGGAGAUCUCGGUCGAGCAGCUAGGGCAUCAUGCGGGAUACUAUCGCCUCGAGCACACUCAUGGCGCUAGAAUGUUCUACUUCUUCUUUGAAUCCCGAGGCAAAAGUAGUGAUCCUGUUGUUAUUUGGCUCACUGGUGGUCCUGGAUGCAGCAGUGAACUGGCACUUUUUUAUGAAAAUGGCCCAUUCAAAAUUGCAGAUAACAUGUCGCUUAUUUGGAAUGACUAUGGUUGGGACAAGGCAUCAAACCUCAUUUAUGUUGACCAGCCCACGGGAACUGGCUUUAGUUACACUACAGACUUACGAGACUUCCGCUUUGGGGAGAAGGGUAUAGCAAAUGAUUUGUAUGACUUUUUACAGGCUUUCUUUACUGAGCAUCCAGACUACUUGAAGAACGACUUCUAUAUUACUGGAGAAUCAUAUGCAGGGCAUUAUAUUCCUGCUGCUGCUGAAAGGGUUUACAGAGGAAACAAGGAGAAGGAACGGCUUCAUAUAAAUCUAAAGGGUUUUGCUAUUGGCAAUGGGUUGACUGACCCUGCAAUUCAGUACGGUGCAUAUGCUGAUUAUGCACUAGAAAUGGGCGUCAUUGGGCAAGAUGCACACAACACCAUCGACAAGAUAUACCCGGCCUGCAAACUUGGAAUUCAACUAUGUGGUUCUUCAGGGGUAAUAUCAUGUGCUGCGUCUUACAUUCUGUGCAAUUCCAUAUUCACUUCCAUUUUGCUUCUUGCUGGGAACAUUAAUUAUUAUGAUAUUCGGAAAAAAUGUGAGGGGAGCCUCUGUUAUGAUUUCUCGAACAUGGAGAAAUUUCUCAAUGAGAAGUAUGUGAGGAAUGCGCUCGGUGUUGGUGAUAGGAAAUUUAUUUCAUGUAAUCCUCUCGUUUAUGAAGCAAUGAUUACCGACUGGAUGAAGAAUUUGGAAGUGGGCAUUCCUACCCUUAUCGACGAUGGCAUCAAGCUCUUGGUUUACGCCGGUGAAUAUGAUCUCAUAUGCAACUGGUUGGGAAACUUUAGAUGGGUCAACUCGAUGGAAUGGUCAGGACAAAAGACAUUUGCAGAAUCUCCUAUGGCACCAUUUACAGUGGACGGCAAGAAGGCGGGACUUAUUAAAGCAUAUGGGCCGUUGAGCUUUCUCAAGGUUCAUGAUGCCGGACAUAUGGUUCCCAUGGAUCAGCCCAAGGCAGCCUUGGCGAUGCUGAGGAGAUGGAUGAAUGGAAGUUUAACUGAGGAUCAGAGUAUUGUUAUGGCUGCAGACGCAUAAACAUCAUAAGCUUUUGGAGGUUUCGGAGAGAGUGCUUUUGCAGCUCUUGUUACUUCUAUUUCUACCUUCUGGCUGUAAGUGUACGUUUUAAUAGGAUUCCUUUUCAGUUGAUAAUGAUGUACUUAGUAUGCAUACUCUGAUCACCGGGAGCAACUCAUUGAAUCUGAUAGGCCUGAGAAAAACAUUAAGGAUUACAUGAAUCUCAAGGAGUUUGUGUAUACUGAUAGAAAAAAAAGACUAUAUUUCUUGUUGCUUUGAUUCUGCAGAAUUCUUUUACAUUUUCCUAUGUAUGUUUGGAAAGAUUAAUGUAACUGAAGAAUUAUUGUUUUC